AUGGCUUCUGCACAAUUUCAGAUUUUAUCUAUUCUCUGUCGAAUAUCACGUCAAGCUGUAAUCGAUGCUCUUAAAGAAUUUGAUGCAACGACAAUAUUAUCACCAAGUGCAUUAUCACGUGAUGUAAUCACCACAUAUAUAGGCACGUCUAUAGAACAAUUCCAGAAAAAAACACUUAACAGUUACCGUUCAUACAUGCAUUUUAUAUUAUCUCUUCUUGCAGAACAUCGUUUUAUAUCUGCAUUAAGAAUAAAUUUCUAUACGAGAGGUGUUCUUGGUAGCAAUAAUUUCGUAACUUUUCCUGCCAUUUAUCCACAACAAGUCGAUACAACUCAAUCGUCGUCGAUAUUAAGUGAAACAUGUCAAUGUGAUCGUACAAAUAAUUGUACUUAUCCUGCUGGCAUUUAUAAUCAAUCGCGAUCUAUCAUUCCGAAUGAAGUCUUUUCACUUGAUGCAUCACCUCUAUUCAUGAUACCAGGAUUUCAAGUUGGAUGUGUACCACAAAAUGCAUUGUUUCAAUCAACAUUGGAAUGCUUUUACAACCAAACAUGUUUAAAUAUUGUGAUUUCAUUGACUGGUGCUCUUCGCACUGUCUCACCUCUAAAUAUAUCAAACUCUUUUUCACGAUUCAGUCCAACAACAACAAUUGCUGUUCUUAUUGAUAAUCUAAUGAUUGAGUCUUGGGAAAACUCUAUUGAUUUUGCUACUUAUUUUCAAAUUUGUGCACCUAAAAUCUGUUCAUAUUCAUAUGUACAACGCUUUUUUCUCAUUUACAUGAUUACAACCAUAGUUAGUAUCUUUGGUGGAAUGCGCGUGACAUUACACAUAGUAUCUCCAUUGUUUGUCAAAUUCAUUUUAUAUUUAUGUUGUCGACGGGUUUCAGUGCAAGAAACUGAAGAAAGAUAUGAACCAAAAAGAAAUUUGCAAGAUGGUAUAUGGAAUAUCCUUAAGCAAAUUCGUCACAAAAUUAUCACAUUGAAUUUAUUCAAGAAAACUUUAACCAAUGUUCCACAUGGUGUUUAUUCUACACGUGUCUAUAUCAUAUUGCUGAUGUUUGGUAUUUGCAUUUUGACCAUUUGCUCUGCAUCAAUAGUUAGUUCACAACAAAUCAUUGUCAGAGAUCCAAGUAUCGAUCAAUUUGAACAUCUUCAUGACAUGUAUUCAUCGAUUCUAUCAUGUCCAUGUCGUAAUUCAUCAAUGCCACGUUCGAAAUUCAUAUCCAUUGAAGUAAAAAUUCAUCCAUUUUGUACAAGUAAUUUUGUUCGUGGUGAUCGUUGGUUACAAUAUUGGACAAUGAAAUUUCUCAAUGGUAGCAUCGAUCCUACUCCAUCAUUUGUUGUCAAUGAUUUUCGCAUUGCUGUUGGAUGCUCAAUCAUGGAUGGUCUUUCACAGUCAACAUUUGAAUGUUUCUAUGAUGAUGUUUGCGUCAAUCAACUAAACGAACUGCUUAACACUUCAUUUACUACAUUUAAUCUUAAUGCAACACAGUUUCCACCAACAACUCCAAUUGAAUCGAUCCUAGAUGAGAAUUCCAUAGUAUCAUUCGAUUUAUCAGCGAAUUAUUCUUCAUAUUUUCAAAUAUGUGCUCCAUCAAAAUGUCAAUAUCGUUAUAUUGAACAAAAUGGUGUUGUUUACAUAUUCACAACACUGCUUGAAUUGUAUGGUGGAUUAACUGCAGGUCUACAUUUUUUUGUAUGGCAUUUAUUGUGUCUUUACCGAGUCAUGGUCAAGCGUUGUUCAUAUUUGUUGCAACGCAUAUAUCCUACGUCUUCAACUUGA